UUGAAGUUUCCCCGUCUCUCUCUUUGUCUCUCUCUCUCUUCAGUUUCUCUCUCUUUUCCUUUCUCUCUCUCUCUCUCUCACACACACACACACACACACACUCACACACACACACACCUGCCAUUUUCCGCGCUGAGGUUCUUGUCGUUGCGGCGCACAGGGUUAUUCUUUCUCUCUCUCUCUCUCUUGACUUUUUCUCUGUCUCUCACUGUCUCCACCUCUCUCUGUGUCACUCUCUGCAUCUCUCUCUCGCUCACCUGCUGCCCUUUUGCGCGCCGAGCUUGUUGUCAUUGCGGAGCACAGGGUUAUGCGUGUUCCUUGGGGGAAAAAUCGCUGUAGUCGACGAUUGCCUCCACAGCUCUUGAAAGGGUAAUAAGAGACACGGCACGGCAGAUCCAAGGGUGUGUAAAUCAUCGGCAGAGUGACGCGUGUCAUCCCCGGAUAGCAUUGCAUGAAUGGUGGCGACUCAAGGAGCCAAGGCACUUGUGUCAGAGAGACACGUGUCAUCUCCACGCUGAUCUCAAUCAGGUUUUGUGAAGAGCCCAAGGACUGGCUUGGCUUGUGGAGAGCCACAUUUGGAAUUGGGCGACUAGCCCAUGGACCUUUGACUGUCGGACAGAGAGGCCAGGUACUGUGUUCAAGGGAUCGGGCACUCUUUCAGGGACCGAGGACUGUCCCAGGGACCAGGGACGGGUCCACAGGGACCAUGGCCAAGGACUGCUCCAGAGCGUGUCCACAGGUAAUGCUCAGGUGCCCGAGGGGCAUGGCUGAGCUGAAGAACAGAAUGAAGCCAUCGGCCGGGAGUGCAGAACGUUUGGACUUGCAUGAGAAGAAGACAGGUUCCCAAUGCUGCUGUAGAGGAUGUGACAAGGGAUACGAGCAUGGGAGUCUUUGGCCUGUAAGACGCCAUGCACGGGCUUUGCAUUUCGCAUUCGUCUUACUGUUGGUCCUUGCUUUUCUUGGAGUUCUGGAAGCUGAUGCGUCAAGUUUGUUACCUCCUGAUGCAAUCCGACAAGGCGGAAGCGAUGAGAUUACACUUGUCGAUCGAGAACAUCGUCAAGUGGUUGUCUCAGGGGUGCGGCAGCUGAGAGGAAGUCGGCGAGCGGAUUUGACCCUUGGAAAGGAAAGGCGGUCUGGUGACUUGGAAGUGGAGGGAAGGAUGUUGGCAGGAGACGGCGGCCAUGUUGCAUCUUCUAUGUGUAGUAAGAGGAGCUGCAAGCACAGAAUUCUGAGGACACGUGCAGCGUAUAUGAAACCCCGACACACCCCUCCAACCCCAGUCCUAACCCCAGUUAUAGCCCCGCUUUUUCCUUAUAACAUGUCGAUGCUGGCCCCUGAGGGGGUGACGAAGCUGGCUGUCCAGUUGAUGCAAGCUAUGAACACGAGCGGGAAUGGAAGUGUGAAUGGCAGCUCCAAUGUUGUGUUUUCGCCACUUAGUGUGUUCGGGGUACUGGCCAUGGUGACAGGGGGUGCAGGCGGCAACACUCUGUCUCAGCUCUUGGCAGCGUUGAAUACCUCGGAUGUCUAUCGGCUGAGUGAUGACCUGAGACGGGCUCUGCCGAAACCCACCAAUGAUAGCAAUAGCACUGCAAGUCUUGCGGCAGGAGGCAACGACACAAUGGUGUACGACUUUGUGAGCAAUCUGUGGGUCGACUCCAACUUCCCCCUCAGUUCUUUCUUCACCAACCUUACCAAUUCAACGUUCAAUGCGGUUCCCCAAGCUGUCGAUUUUGCUGUUAGUGCAGAGUCCAUUCGUGAGAAGAUCAACGACUGGGUUGCGAACACGACACACGGGAAGAUUCUAGAUCUUCUUCCGCCGGGAUCACUGGAUGCUCUUACGCGGCUCGUGCUUGUGAAUGCACUCUAUUUCAAAGCGCCGUGGGCUACGAAGUUUGACCCGGCGUUGACGCGACCGAGGCCGUUCAUGUUAUCGAGUCGAGUGUCAGUCAACGUUCCAACGAUGAAGGUAAGGGGCCUGGAGGGGUCUGUGCACAGCAUGUGCAAAAAUGAGGGGGCGUCCGCGAACUUCUCUGUGCUGCGUUUACCCUAUGCUAUGCCGGAUGCGGAGGAUGAGGAAAUGGUUACACCAGGCGCAGCCAUGUACAUAUUCCUGCCGACAAAAGCCGACGGCCUUGCCGACCUUGUGGCAGAGCUUACCCCUGAUCAGUUGAGCCGGUGUCUUUCGAUGAGCUUGAGCCCCUCCAGUGAGGUCAGGAUAUCUGAGCUGAGGAUACCACGGUUCCGUGUGGCUUCGGACUCGCUGUUGCUGAAGGAUGCGCUCAAGUCGAUUGGUAUUGUUGAUGCAUUCGAUCCGGAGUACGCAAACUUCACCGCCAUGUCUGAUGUCAGCACGGGACUGUACGUGUCACAAGUAUUCCACAAAGCUUUUGUUGAAGUCAACGAGGAAGGCUCGGAAGCUGCGGCGGCAACAGGGGCGACGGUCAUGGUCAGAUCUGCACCUGUUCGGAACAGGCCUGUCAAUUUCAUUGUCGACCGACCAUUUUUGUACAUCAUUCAAGAUGCCUCCGGAAGCAUUGUUAUCAUGGGACAGGUUUAUGACCCACGGAUGUAAGGGGAGGGGAGUUUUUUCCACCGGGCAUGGCAUUGCAUACGCUCGUUGCUCCACUGUACAACAUUCUGAAUGUAUCUGGGCCCUGUAGUGGUCCACAUACCUUGAAAAUGCUGGAACAGUCCAAAGACUCCAAACGUAUCUCCGACAGUCCCAGGACUUGCAGAAACUGAGUAGUGGAGCAUAUAUGUUGCGAUCAAAUGCACGAUGCGUGCAUGCCAAAACCAGUAAUUGUGAAACUAGUCCAGAGGCAUAAUGGCAAACCAUACAAAAACUUUUUUGCCUCAUGUAACUCUUCUCAGAAUCUUCUCGGCAUCUGAAAACGAGAUGGUCACACAAGGAUAAAGAACACCAGGGCAGGAGAGGUGUGGGCGUAUAUGAGUAUAAUGUGCGAAAGGUCAGCGAUACGCUUUUCACACGUGUCUGCCUGGAAGAUACAGACAGGGUACCGCCGCCAUACCCUCUGAGGAUCAGUAGACUCGCAAGUCGAAUAACCUCCUUUUUGUCCAUCUCCCAGGUAAUCCCCCAGGCAGGACAGCGGUACCCGACACAGACAGGGUACCGCUGUCCCACCUGUGGAGGAUCAGUGGACGCACAGGUUGAGUAAUCUCCUUUUUGUCCGUCUCCCAAGGUAGUCCCACUGCAUGGACAGCGGUACUUUGGGAGUGUCCUGACCCUCAACAGGCAGUCUGGUAGGUACGUGCCAGCUGCCCUCUCCAUGGCAGAUAAAAGACGUCGUCUUUUCUAAAUGCGAAGAGUGGGCUUGACGUCAAGGGGGGUGAAUUUUCCAGAUGGAUUUGAGGCGUUUUGAUCAUUACGCCGAUGCAUGCCUUGAAGUUUAUUGCCACACUGCUUUCUCCUUUCUGCUUUCUGCUUUCUGCUUUCUGAUGCAUCCAAAAUAUGGUGCUUCACGUUGGUUGCUGUGGAAGACGUAGUCUGGUAUCCCCCUGCCAAGUCUGGUUGUCGAUCAAACAGGUGAUGCUAGCUGUAGGCUUGACACCCAGGAGGCAUUUUGUGACACUGUAGGCUUGAUCCCCAGGCACCAUUUUGUGGCAAAUAGUUUUACCCCCCUCAGUGUAAACUGCUAUGUAGGGUAGGAUGAUCAGACACGUGGUGCUGGCUGGCGGCUAUUCUGCCUGGCCUGGUGCGACUAUUCUGCCUGGCCUGGCGCGGCUAUUCUUCCUGGCCUGGCUUUUCUCAGCACACAGGUCUGUCGGUUGUUUUUCGGGUUGCUGCUACAUGACAGUGGGCAACGCUUCGGUUCGAUCUGGUUAGACUGUUUGUCUUCUUUGCUGAUCGUGAUAUGCGGCCUGAGAUUCCUGCGAUAAGUACGGAAGUUUCACUGAAGUUGCACUGAAGUUUCAGUGAUUUACAAGAAAGAACACCUUCACUUUCGAGAGGUGCGUUGGUUGUGUGCAGAAAGGGAAGAUUCUUGAGGAGUCCUGUCCUCUCUGAUAAGAAGUGUUAAUCUUGCUACAAGCAUUGCGUCGACAUUUAGCUCCUCGACUGGCUAGCUCACCAGCCAGCUAGUUAGUCAUUGGGUAGCUAUCUUGCUUGUUUAGCUUGUUAGUUGCCUGGCUAGGUAGUUUGGUAUAGCCAAAUAGCCAAUCCACUUGGAGAAGAACUUGGGACUGCCAACUUGGUAGGCUAUCUACCUACCUUGUUGGCUAUAGCUGGCGAGUUGCCUGGCUAGUCGGGUACAGUAAUCCACUUGCACACGAACUGUCGUUGAUUGCCAAAUCUAACUCUAUAGUACUCCCACAAUGGGCAAGUGAGCAUUAUGCGUUGAAGCUGUAUGAAUGGAAACACUAGGAAUUGGUUCCAUGGAUCUCCACGGUUAUUCCGUCUCUGACAAUCGAUGACGUACUGAUGCAUGGCAAUUGCGAACCGCCGAACCACCGCACCGCAAGCGUGAUAAGCAGUUGUGUCAAGUGAGGGAGGGGUAUAUCAGUGUUGGUAAUUGCUGCUGCUGCAUGUAGCUGCCUGCAUCUUGGAGUAAGCUUUUCCAUGUACUUCAUGUUCUUCAUGUCUGGCUUGUCGGGAAGAUCUUCGCGACAACUCCGUCAUUGGACGAGUUCAUGCAAGCUUCUUGGCUAGCUAGCGAGUUGAUUAAAAAAUUACCGUUCGAAAUUGCUUUUAAUUUGCGAGUGGCAAUUAAACCGUAGACAGCUAGUUAGCCAUUGGGUCGAGCUAUUUACCUUGCUGACUAUAGCUGGCCAUUGCCUAGCUAGUUAGCCAUUUGGUUGCUAUCUAUCUACCCUGCUAACUAUAGCUGGCUAAUCAACUAGUUAUCUGGCU